AUGUCUACCGAUUCUGUUCAUUCACACGCUUCAAAAGAAAAUUCUCUUUCUUCAGAUGAUCCUCGUGACAUCUCUAAAAUUAAAACCUCUGGUGAAGGUAAUGAAUUCAUUGUCAUCGGUAAUCAUAAAUACUAUAGACAUGAAUUAAUGCAAGCUUUCGGUGGUACUUUAAACCCUGGUUUAUCUCCUCCACCAACUCAUAGUUUUGCUAAUCCUGGUCCAUUAGGUUUAGCUGCCUUUGGUGUAACCACUCUUUGCCUUUCACUUUUCAAUUCUCAAGCUAUGGGUAUUAAAAUUCCAAAUGCUGUUGUUGGUUUAGCUGCCUUUUAUGGUGGCGGUGCCCAAUUUUUAGCAGGUGUGUGGGAAAUGGUUGUUGGUAACACUUUUGGUGCUACUGCUUUAACUUCUUAUGGUGCUUUCUGGUUAUCUUAUGCUGCUAUUGAAAUUCCAUCUUUUGGAAUUGUUGCUGCUUAUGAAGGUACUGAACAAUUAGAAAAUGCCCUUGGUUUCUAUUUAUUAGCAUGGGGUAUUUUCACAUUUAUGUUAACUUUAUGUACAUUAAAGUCUACUUUUGGUUUCUGUGCCCUUUUCGUAUGUUUAACUGUUACUUUCUUACUUUUAGCUGGUGGAGCAUUUUCUGGAAAAGAAUCUGUCACUAAAGCAGGUGGUAUUGUUGGUGUUAUUACUGGUUUAUUAGGAUUAUACAAUGCUUUUGCUGGUGUAGCCAACAAGCAAAACUCUUACAUUACUGUUUAUCCAUUACAAUUAACCAGACAAUAG